AUGACGGUAGCAAAUCUGGUAACUACAGAUGCACCGCCGAAAGAACAACGGCCGACGACAGCUGGCAGCACACCUGGCGCGAGUGCCAGCACGACAUCUGCUCCAGUAGCAGGGACGACAUCAGAAGCAGCUUUAUUAGAUACAUCUACUGCACAAGGACAAGGAACAACGUCUUCUUCACCAUCUCGUGCAAGCUCUCCUCUGCAGCAUUAUCCAGCCUUUCAUCCAACGAAGAGCGCCACAGGGCCAAAAUCCGUUGGAGCCGCGAGAUUAGUCAAGACAAAAUCCGAUGGUUCGCAAUAUCAAGAGGUGCUACAAGGAACUACCUUUGCAGCUUCAACGGGC